GUACAUUCCGUCAAACCAACUGUUAGAGGCUGCAAAUUACCUGUUAUACCCCUUGUUUACUCCAAAUAGAGAUAUAUUACGUGUGUUGACUUGAUCUUCUUCUCACUUUAACUUCCGCAUAAGCAAGAAAGCUGCGGUUAACUUUCUCGUACAGUUUCUCAAUGUGUUCCCGCCCAUUUUAAAUGAUACAGUACAGGUGAGAUUUAGACCACAUAACAUCUGAUAAGAUAGAAGCUUCCUGCGUACACAUGUAGAGAGAGAGACAGCGUGUGGAGUCAGAAAGCUUUUCUUGAAGUCCACCUGUUAUUUCUUCUCUUUCUUCACAGCCGGCUUCACCGUCUUUGAUCAGACGUGCGCUGUCUCACUUCUCAAGUUGGAGGUCGACAAUCGCCGUCGCGGGAGAGAGAGCAUACCGCCGCGAGUAAGUAGCCACGCUGCCGUAAGAUCUAGGGUUCCAGGUUUUGACAGCUUCAAGGAAACCAUGAAACAAAAAAAUUGCAGUAGCUAAAAUGUAAAUAGAAUUCUAAUUGCUCUCUGGAUAGGAUCCUCACUGACUGGCCAUGGACACCUCUUUGCAGCUUCAAGUUUAGAGGGCCAAAGCUAAGGAAGUCAUUGCUUCUUCUGAACGUUGUGGUGGCUCACAAAUUUUCUACCAAUGCCAAUGAUAAGGGCUCAUUUACUCGAAGCUGGCUGGAUCAAGGCGGCACGGAGGGGCUUUGCCCUCAAAUUGCAGCUAGAGUGCAUCAGUUCGUGGCUUCGUGCAAUAGAUAUAUCAAAAUAGCUGCUCCAAUGCUCCUUCCAUUAGAACUCGGAAGAGGUAUGCAAUGAAAGAGAAGUCAAAAGCUCAACUAUGUGAGUUUUUGUGAUGGAAUAUUUUUUACAAAUUGUUUUCUACGCGGCUUCAAUUGCUUAAUCUUUUAUAUUCUGCAGCUUCAAUCAUUGCAAUUUUUUUUGGUCGGGUAAGUAUUUUAGAUCUGAGAUAUUGUGCAGAAAAAAAUUCGGCUGAAGCAUGGUUGUACGGUAUAUAGAGAAGCAUGGGUAAAAAAUCUUUAUUUCAAUAUCUCACUUUCUUCAUCUCCAUUUAAUGUUUUUUUGGUGUUUUGAUUUACAAAGUAAUAAAAUCUCUAUUUCUACAAAGUUGCCUUGAAAUUUAUUCGCAAAUAUUGUUUUUUAGAUUUUUGGUGUUCAUUGAGAUAGAAUGUGUUUGAUGUGUUGUUUGAACAAAAGAUGCAAACUUUAAACUCUUGGUAAUGUGUUUGAUCAUUAUUAGAAUUAUUUGAUUUGGCCGGUAUUGAUGUGUUCCAUUUUGUUCCCUUCCUUUUGUGGCAGCCGAAGGAGUGAUGGGUAGCAGUUCUCAUACUAAUUCAGAACGACAGAGCGGGCUUUCAGUUGAAGAGAAUGGUUUGUUUUGUUAUCCCCCUUCUUCUUUGUGUUUUUUUAAAAUGUAAGGACAAACAAACGACAAGAACUGCAUUUGAUGCUACUUCUAAUGGAAUGAGCAUAGGGCAAAACACACCACCAAAAAUGGAAUCUGGAGGGAGAAAUACUCAUCAUUUGAAUCUAUUUUUCAUGUUAAAAUCCAUGAUUAUCAAGAAAAGUACAGCUAGAUGAGUGUGCUGAUUAAGAACUUAUUGUUUGUGAACACGAGAAGAAGAGAGAACAUCUGUGUUCAAUAGAUAAUGAUUCAUUGAGAUUGGAACCAGAAAAUAUGGCUCGGGUUGUUCUAGGAAGAAUACUAAAUGUGGAGUUUAUCCCUACGACAGGGAUGAGAAUGGUUGUUGCAGGAAAUAAGAUUGGAAAUAUUGGUUCUGGAACGCGGAUGCCAAAUAGGAUGGAGAUGGGAUUUAUUUGUACCAGCCUCAUUCCAGUCCAGUAUCAGGAAUAUUAAUUGAUUCAUUUUCACAGUCAAAGGUUUGACACGCACACAACUUAAUCCAUUGUAAUUUGUAAUUUACUGCUUGCGAUUUGCAUUAUCAAAGUUUGACCUUUCUUUAUGCCAUUGCAUAGUAUUUACCAUUUUGAGUAAACCAUUUGGUUAAUGGCCAAAUCUGGGCUUCUCAAAACCAUAGAUAAGUUUUAAUCCUUUGCAUAGUUUGAACCUCACCUUCUUAUAACUAAGAAUUUCAGGUGCGUGCCUUGAAGUGGUCUCUUUAUGAGAGAGGAAUUGCAUCGGGUGGUAACGAAGAUCAGGUAAAACUCAUGAGACUAUAAUUUUAAUUUUAUCCAUUUUUUUCUUGAAUUCAAAAGUUUUUCACCUACCCAUUUUUUAUUUAUCUGAUUUCUUAUUUUUUUUAAAAAAAUCUCAUUCAAUUUUGUUUUUAAUUUCACUUGGUGGUUGUUUUUGUUGUUUUGUAUAAAAUUAGUAUAAAUUGUUAUGAAUAAUGAUAUCGCACAAACCAAGGGGGAGACAUUGAGAGAGUUUGGUCUAUUUCUAAUAUUGCCCUUCAAGGUGAGUCCAAUCCCAUACCUUUUUUUAUCUCUUUGAGAUUAAUCUUUUUAAGAAACAAUUGAUGAAUAAGUUUUGUGAGUGCAGGUGUGAAAACUGGGAGAGCUGAUGCCUCAUUUUUAGAAUUUUUUUUUCUAACAAGGUAUUAGCGUGCUUGAGUUGUGCAUUGUGUUUGAAAGUACAAUUGCCAAUUAUCACCAUUUCUCUUAGAGUAAUAGUGCUACUAUCUUCUCAUUUCAGUUAUGUUUAUCUAAUUUCAAUACUCCAAAUAUAUAACCUUUUUUUGCUCUCUCUAAGAAAGGUGAUAUCCAGUUUGAAAAUGGAAGGAGCCAUUGCUUUGUCUUCUUCAAAGGUUAUGGGUCUGAUGUCGUAUGUUUAAAAAUCUCUUCAUAGAGUUGCCCGACUUGCCUGUCUAUCGUUGUGGGUAUUUCAGCACCAAUCUUGGCUUGAUCUCUAUUCACAUUGAUCAUAUCAAUUUUUAUGAUAAAGUUUAUGCACUUUUUUUUAAUAUAACAGAGGCACCUCAUGUCUCUCUUUUUUUCAAGUGAUGGUCACUGCAUACUAAACAAAGAAGGGUGAUUUUUUAAGAAGGCUAAUGUUUGGCAACUUAUUUUGUGGUUUGUUUUCUUUAUGUUGAAGGCAUAUUUUCAAGUGUCGUUCCAACUACCAUCCAUUAUUAGAACAUUUCCUUAUUGUGGCACGAUUCCAUUAAGCACUAAUGGGCUACGAAUUGUACUUGGUGUUCUCUUGAAGUCAUUGUCACCUGCAUCUGAAACAACCGUUCACUUCCCGUCCAGGUGCGAGGGGUAUAACCCUUUAAUUUCUCUAUUUGCUUUCUAGCUUAUAUUUCAAAUUUAAUUGUUUAUUUUAAUUGUUUUCUAGAAUUUCUGAGUUUUGGUUUGUUGCAAUGGUCAUUAUACCAAAAGAGUCGGGUUGAUCAUUUCGUUCUAGAUGAGGUUUGGCAAGAAUUUGAGAAUUACAAUUGUCUUCAAUUAGGCCACCACUUCACUGAGGCCACCACUUCACUGCAGAUCGCAGAGCAAAUUGUGAAUCUUUGUUCCAUAUUACAUGAGUAUUGCUUCUACCUCCUCUGGUGCAACUUUCAUUUUCUAAUUAUUCCAAGCUAUGGUGGUGCUGCAUCACUCACAUGGACUGGGCUCUUACUUUGGAAGCUAGCAAUCGGCAUUCUUCAAGCGUCUUUGUCAAUACUCUGUUGAAUUUUUUUCUUCUUAAUGAUUUUUUUUAAUAUUUAGUAAUGUGGGUUAAACAAAUCAUACAAAAGGUUGGUGGGGUUUUUGUUCAGUACCUAAGAUUUGAUAAAGCAAAAUAUUGGAGUUGGAAUGGAGUCAAUUGAGAUUCUUCACAAAUUUGGGUGUAGUC